AUGGUGAAACAUAAGCUGAUCCGGACAGUAAUCAAGCACUCGCUGAUACUGAUGCUGGUGAUGAUCGUCAGUCAUGUGCGUUCACGCCAGGACCACUACUACAGCUACCAGGAUCCAUACGAUGACGAUCUUUCGCUGUGGAUCAACGAGCAGCAGGUGAAGAUCUUUAGCGGAGUAGCUAUGAAGAUUUACGCUAUCGACAAUGGACGCGUAUCCCCGCAUAUUCGCGAUCCGAUGUUCAGCCAGUAUCUACCGGUUAUCCCUUCCGAAGUGAGCUGCGUUAACUUUACUUGGAAAGCCGGGACGAAAAAGUACCACUACAACUUCGAUCGGCUUAUGUCCGAGGACGAGUCCGUUUUGAAACCGCCGACCAUAUCGAUCAAAACCAGUGGACGUGUACCGAAAAAUGCAAAGGAAUUUAGUGUCACACUGCCCUGCUCUGGCAAUGUGUCGGGCACCGCGGUUUUCAGUAUUGGGCUUCUGAUACAAAGUCGCAAGGGUAAACCGGUGCCCGGUACGCCACUCCGAAUCAAGCUUCGUAAGGAAUGUGCACAUAGAGGUGUGUAUGAUAGAACUUCUUCUCUAGCAUCUUCGCAAGGACCUGAUCCGGAAUGUGAUCGUAAAUGCGCCAAUAAGGGCGUCUGCAACGAAGACAAGAUCUGCGUCUGUCCUGAGGGUUAUAUGGGCCAGUAUUGUCAGACGGCGCUCUGCUAUCCUCAGUGCAUGAACGGAGGCAACUGCACAGCACCCGGCAACUGCUCAUGUCCACCCGGUUACCAGGGACGACACUGCGAAGGAGGAAUUUGUUCGGAAAAGUGUCUGAACGGAGGAAAAUGCAUCCAAAAGGAUAAAUGCGAAUGCACCAAGGGUUACUACGGAUUACGAUGUGAAUUCACGAAAUGUGUAAUCCCCUGUCUGCACGAGGGCAAGUGCAAAGGAGUGAACAAGUGCCGCUGUAAACCAGGUCUCAGUGGGGACCACUGCCAGAUUGGACGUCGCCAGCGAUCGACCUGCAAGAGACCAUGCAAACACGGGACAUGCAAACCAGACCAUAACUGUGCCUGCGAUUCCGGAUGGUUCGGGAAGCUUUGCAAUAGAAGAGAGAAGAAACAGCGCCAUAGUUCCAAACUGCCGAAAAGAUAAUAACGAUAAUUGUUUCCUAGAGAAAUCGCAACGCCUGCUGUUUGUCCAUAAACGCCCUGCAUUUGCGUUUGACAUUUUAUUGGUUUCUUUCCUUAUGCCUCUCCAGCCAACGCUCCAAGAGAGAAUAAAGCCACAUGUGUAUUUUGUUGUGAUAAAUAAACGAAAAUUUAUAGU